UCCCUGGAAGCAGGUCCCGGGUCAGGCGGCGCAGCAGCGUCUCCCCUCAGCAGUGUUAUGAGAGCCGCCGCGUGCCAGCCUCGUGGGGAGCCAUGAAUCUCUCCAGCCGACCGGGACUGAAUCCCCGCGCCGGGUAUAGCGAGAAAGGAGGAGCCCAGCGCGUGCCCGCGUGUCCCACUGAGACGAGAGGAAAGAAUGGAUCCCGCUGGGACGACACCAUGGCUGGAGGUUUAUCCUGAGAUCCCUGGAAACCCCGAGAGCGGAGCGGAGCCAGGUAAUGGCCGUAGCUGCAGGCUCAGGAAACGUGCCACAUGUACAGUCGCAGUGAGCAUUGUACUUGUCCUUCUGGUUGUUGCUGUUGUUGCUCUGGCAGUGCAGGUACUUCAACCGCAGCCCCAGUUCAUGGCCUGGUGCCCAGACGGCUGGCUCGGAUACCAAGGGAAAUGUUACUAUUUCUCCAAGGCUGAAGAGAACUGGAACAACAGCCAGAGAUGCUGCUCUGCGCUCGGUGCUUCCCUGGCUGGGAUUGACAGCGAGCAGGAUCUGGCUUUCAUAAUGCGAUACAAAGGUGUCUCCGAGCACUGGAUUGGCCUCUGGAGAGAGCAGGAGGGGCAGCCCUGGAAAUGGGUGAAUGGCUCUGAUCUGAACAGCAGGCUUCUAAUAAGGGGAGGAGGUAACUGCGUGUACCUGAAUAACAAGAGCAUUAACUCUUCAAGCUGCAUCGCUGGGAGAAAUUGGGUCUGCAGCAAACCCAAUGCGUAUACAGCCAGAAAAGUGCUUAAGAAACCUUGACAAAGAGAAACUGCCUCUCGCACAACUUGUCUACAGCCAAGUUUAUAAACAAGGGCUAAAGAAUAAAAUAGCAACAUUUCCAGUGGAUGCUGGAUUAUUAGGUUAAUCAAACUGAAAAACAACAGGAGGAAACUUCAGCAGGAUCAAGCCACAUGAGAGGAAUGGGCCACCCACUGACAAAUGAAAUACAGUGUGACAAAUACUCAUCCAUCUUCCUAGGUCCAAAUGCAAUUGCAACAGCUCAGGAGAAGGAGCCAGGGUGAACUGCUGAUCCCAUUGAAAUCUAUGUGCAUUUUCCCAUUAAGUUCAAGGAGCGUCAAUUCCAGGGUGUCAUUGUCGAUCGCCCAGUGCAGACCUUGGCUGAGUGUGCAGCAGCUGACAACAAAGCAAACAAGAUGUUGGGUUAUAUUAGGAACACAGUAGGUGAUGAUACAGAAAAUGCUCUGAUGUCAUUAUAUGAACCAAAGGGACACCUGAUGCAGAACACCGUGUGCAGUACGGGUCACCCGUCUCCAAAAGGACGCUGCAGAGCUAGAGGAGGUUCAGAGACUGGUAAGAAGAAUGAUGGGAGGCCAGGUGGGACUUUUAUGGGUUGAGAUUGGAGCUGUUCUUGUCGGAGAAUAAGGGGACGUGAACAAGGGGAGAAAAACUGGGAUGGGAAAGAUGGAUUGGGGUGCUGCUAUUCAAUCCAUGUCUUCAUACAACAACAAUGGGAACACUUAACAAAAUUGAAAAUCAGCAAAUUUGAAAGUGAUCAAAGGACCUAUGUUUUUGCACAACACACAAUUAGCCUGUGGAACUCACUGCUACAAGAUGUCGUUGAAGCCAAGAGCUUGGCAGGAUUUGUUUUUUAAAGGACAGGGGCAUUAGAUACUGUUGUUCAUACAAAAGAGGAAAUGAACAGGAGUUUGGGAAGGGAUCCAAACCUCCUCUCUUCGGGGCAUGAACCACCAUCUAAGUAAUGAAGAUCAGGAAGAAACUUCUCCAUUUGGUUGGUUAUUCCAUCACUGUCCACUAGGGGGUCUCUUGACCUGUGUUCUGAAGCUGCUGGUGUGGGCCGGAAAUGCACUACUACACCUCCUGAAUUCGUCUUGCAGUUACUAUGUAAAUUGCCUCUACCCCAGUGACCUCGCCCUUUAAUAACCCAUGGCUCUUCCUGAGCCAAAGACGAGUCCUGCAGCUUUUAGAAAUGAAUUCUUGUUAGUUUUGCUUCCUGGGGCAGGACACACCCACACACCCACCCCGGGCUGUGUGGAUUUUUGCCAAGCAGUGCAGCUGGAUAGCAGCAGAUGUUCAGGAUAUCCUGAACCAACCUUCCAGCCCUGGGGCUCCUUUUCAGUGGAGCAAUUUCCCUGCUGGAGCUGCCCAGUGCUUGGGAAGCAUUUAAGAGGGUGCUCCUAGGCUCCAUGGUAGAUUAUGCAACAUAGAAUUUCUUCAUUUGAUCUCAUUUAGCUUGUUUAUUAUUAGGAUGACAGAUCUAAAUAGCUGAUAAGUCAGCUACCUUCUCUCCUGCCUUCUCCAAAAGGGGGUGCGGACAGGGGGCUUUGACACUAUUAAUACAGCCCAGAGAAAUGGGAAACUGGCCUGACUGAACUCACUUGGGCCACUUCUCUUAGGAUUCAGAGUUUAAAUCCUUUGGACAAAGGAUCCAGCCAUGAAAAAGCCACAGGUUGCAGUGUCAUGAAUGUCUCCCAGCUGCAAUGCUACUUUACAUUGUAGCUGUCAUGAGUAGAGAUGAGGGGAGAGAAGUAAUUUGUGUUGUCUGUGCUCUAUUUUUAUACAAUUCUCCUUUCUUUGAGGAUUAUCUCCAGCUGGGAUUCAGGUGACAGCCAGUCUGUUUAUCAUAUUGCCUCUAUAUAAAUCCAUGGUACGUGCAUACCUUGAAUAGUGUGUGCAGAUCUAGUCACCCAUCCUAAAAAAUAUAUAUUGGAAUUUGAAAAGGUACAGAGGUGGGCAACUA